AUGAUCACAGGUGAGGACAGGACGGUGAAGCUCAUCGACUUUGGCCUCGCUACACGAUUCCACGGCUACCUGCCGAAGGAGCAAUUCAUCGAAAUCGUUGGUACAUCUCAUUACAUGGCGCCAGAGAUGAUCCUGGAUGGGAAGUACAGUCCAGCCGUGGACAUCUGGUCGCUAGGCGUCCUGCUCUAUGUGUGCUUGACUGGGCUCAUGCUGCUACCGAAGGAUGACGAGCGCAAGAAGCACCUCUUAGGCAAAAAGGGCUACAUCGACCGAAAGCUGGACAAAUGUUCUCAGCUUCAGAAGCGUUCCUGUUCUGAACAGGCGAGGAGCCUCUUACAGAGUAUGCUGCGGUAUGAGCCGUCGCAAAGAAUCACGGCCUCCGAGGCAUUGUCUCAUCCCUUCAUCCUCAAAUACUGCCACUUCUUCCUGGGUAUCGAAGCAAAGACAGAGCUGCAGCCCGACAUCGUCGACCGAUUGAGGCGCUUUGCGAAGGCUCCCCGACUGAAGAAGGUGUCGCUGCUCUUUAUGGCGCACCUGGUCGAGCACGAUGAGAAGCUCCUGGCAGCGCGCCACAACUUCAGAACGCUCGACCAGAAUGGGGAUGGCGAGAUCUCCCGCGAAGAACUGGAGGCUGGGCUUCGAAAUGCUUCGAUUCAGCUCCCGGCCGACAUGGCUGAGAUUUUCGAUGGGUGCAGCGGACACCGGGAGGGCCAGCUGCACUUCGUGGAGUUCUUGGCCUGCACCAUGCCCGACAGCCUCAUUGACGAAAGAUUGUGCCACGAGGCCUUCAGCCUCCUCGAUCCGGACGGCAAGGGCAGGCUGACCGCAGAAGAUCUGCAAGCUGUCUGUCCAUCCUUUGACAUUGAGAAAUGCAAGAAGAUGGUGCGGCAGGCGCAGUCAGACGAUUCCGACUCAUUUGAUUUCGAUGAUUUCUACAUGUUUCUUUGCGGACCCAACAGCGACGAGGCUGCACAACAGCUUGAAGUCGCAGAACGGCCCUGUAAGGCACCGCGGCUUGACACAGGAGACACAUCUUCCUUCAUCGGGAUUCCGGCAUCCAGCUAG